CGCUGCCGUGAAGCUCCGCCUGCGGUGUCCCCAUGGGUGUCCUGAGCUGCGUCAAGUACCUGAUGCUCAUCUUCAACGCGCUGGUGUUUGCCGGGGGGACGAGCCUGGUGGCCGUGGGACUCUGGGUGGCCGUGGACCCAUCCGGCUUCCAGCACAUCGUGGCUGCCAACGGGGUGCUGAGCGCCGGUGCCUUCCUGCUGCUGGCCGUGGGCACGGCCCUGGCGCUGCUGGGCUUCCUGGGCUGCUGCGGGGCCCUGCGCCGGAGCCGAGCGCUGCUGCUGGGGUUCUUCAUCCUCGUGAGCCUCGUCUUCAUCACGCAGCUCGUUGGGGCCGUUCUCUUCCUGCUGCACUGGAAACAGAUGCAGCCGGAGCUGCUCCUGUCUGAGCUGCGGAGGAGCUACCGCGGGGACGAGGGUGCCGAGGUCUUCUCCACGGCCUGGAACACCCUCAUGGUCACGUUCUCCUGUUGUGGUGUUUUAGGACCCGAAGACUUUGGGAACGGUUCCUGCUUCCAGGAGCUGCACCCGGGGAUGCCGUGGCCCCGCGUGUGCUGCGCCCGCGAUGGGCUCCUGCAGGCAGGGGAGCUGCUGGGCUGGGAGCAGUGCCAGGACCGAAGCCCUGGGUACAUCCAUGAGCAGGGCUGCUUCUCUGCCUUCGGCCGGACCUUGCAGCAGUUCGUGUCUCUGCCUGGGAUCUGCAGCCUGGUUGUGCUGGGCAUCGAGAUCUUUGCCAUGUUCUUCGCCUUUUGCCUUUACUACAACUUCGACUGAGCAGGACGAGGCCCAGCAGAGAGCAGCCCCAGGGUUGGAGCCAGCAGCAGGAAGGAUGCUCCAGGUCCUGGCGUGUCAGAGCACAGCUCUCUCAUUCCCUGCCUGUUCCU